GCAGAGAGAGAGAGAGAGAAGGAGGCGUGGAAGAUGUUCUAAAUCCCGUAACCCAUCUGGAGUCCAUCUGUGCCUCGCUGGCGGUGGGAAGGACUCGGACUGCAGCGCUCACACAUGUGAGAGACUUUGAGACACAUGCAUCACAUAUGAAGAGAGAGAGAGUGAUUUACAUUGUUUGGAAUAAGACACGAGCCGAGCGGACCAUCGUAGAGAGCAGACAGUGCAGAGAAGAACGUUCCUGCCAUGCCCGGUUCCCCAGUGGAUGGAAAGACUCAUUCCAGACCAACCGUCUCCAUCAUGCCUCCUCUACCCUCCAUCAACCCCAGCGGACCUCGACCAGCAGCCUUCUCCACCACAGCAUUGACUAAUGGGAUCAAUCAUUCUCCGCCGAUGCUCAACGCCAUUCCCUCGCCGCCUCAGCGCUACAGCAACGGCCCUUCAUCAUCAUCUUCCUCUUCUCUGGCCAAUCAGCAGCUUCCAGCCACCUGCGGCGCGCGACAGCUGAGCAAACUCAAGCGCUUCCUCACAACCCUGCAGCAGUUCGGCAACGACAUCUCGCCCGAGAUCGGAGAGAGCGUCCGAAACCUGGUGCUGGCGCUGGUGAACUCCACCGUCACCAUCGAAGAGUUUCACUCCAGACUGCAAGAAGCUACAAACUUCCCCUUGAGGCCCUUCGUCAUUCCCUUCCUGAAGGCGAACCUGCCCUUGCUGCAGAGGGAGCUUCUGCACUGCGCUCGAGCCGCCAAACAGACUCCAGCGCAGUAUCUGUCCCAACACGAACACCUCCUGCUCAGCACCAGCGUCCCGUCGCCAGCAGACUCCACCGAACUCCUGCUGGAGCCCAGCGAGAGCAGCAAACACCACAGUCCUAACAGAAGUAAAGAGAAUGGUUUCCACGAGCGUCCUCCCGCAUCCCUAGAGCCUCCUGCCAAGAGGAUCUGCACCAUUAGCCCCGCCCCCCGACACAGCCCCGCCCACCCGCUACAGCUCCCCGCCCACAUCCACCCGACUCCGCCCCCUCUGCAGCACUACGCGCUGGAUGACAUCAGCACACCUCACCUGUACAGAGAGCCACAGCGGAUCCUGGAGCUGAAGGAGCGACCGCGGCUGACAGGCAGUAACGGAGGCUAUCGUGAGGAACCUGUAGACCACAGACUGACAGACAGAGAGUGGGCUGAAGAAUGGAGGCAUCUGGAUCAUGUGCUGAACUGUAUUGUGGACAUGGUGGAGAAGACGCGGCGUUCGGUGAGCGUUCUGCGGCGCUGUCAGGAGUCCGAUCGAGACGAGCUCAAUUACUGGAGACGACGAUCUAACUCAAACGACGAGGGACGCAAGAACGGAUCGGCCGCAGGGAACGUACCGUUCAGCAAGACACACAGCCCUCGUUCAGCCGAGGGAGUCAGCGCAGACUCUCAGAGGGAUCUUCCCCUGCGCUCCGGCUCUGGAUAUGUGCCUGAUGAGAUAUGGAGGAAAGCCGAGGAAGCGGUGAACGAGGUCAAGCGUCAGGCGAUGGACGAGGUGCAGAAGGCCGUCGCCGAGGCCGAGCAGAAAGCCUUUGAGAUGAUCACCGCCGAGAGAGCCAAGAUGGAGAAAACCCUCGCCGAGGCCAAGAGGAAGGCCACCGAAGACGCCAUACAGGUCAUCAACGAGCAGGAGGACUCCAGCGAGUGCUGCUGGAACUGCGGUCGGAAAGCGAGCGAGACGUGCAGCGGCUGUAAUGCGGCGAGAUACUGCGGCUCCUUCUGUCAACACAAGGACUGGGAGCGACACCAUCUCAUCUGCAGCCCGGGGCUCCAGGCGCAGCCCAAAUCCAUCUCACGCGUCCUGGCCAAAGCCAUCCCGAGUCCCAGCCUGGAGAAAACCUCCAGAGCGUCCACCCCAGCCACCCCAGUGUCCUCCUCCACACCGGACACCGGCGGACACUGAGAGGGUUUUGACCGCCGGACGUUCAGACACACUUAUGGACAGAGGGACGUGUUUUUAGCACUGCUCUGCGUGACUCAGCUUGCUUAUUUGAUGCAAACCUGAUCUGUUUUACCCGCACAAACUGUUGUCAGUGAUUCGUGAGCAUGUGUCUGUAAAUACAAUAUCAGAGCAAUAUAAACGUGAUGGAUUGACCAAUGCUGUGACCUGUUGAUGUCUAUCAUUAUUAUCGGACGGUGUUCUCAGAGUUGCCACAGAGAAUGAGUGUGUGUUAAACACUGAUCACAUACAAUCAACAGAUGAAUGCAACCAAACCUGCUCUGUUCGUAUCCACAUGCAAAGCUCUGCCAUCUCAGGAGGAUGUUCUAUGUAAAGAAUUUUAUUUUGUCGAGUCGAGGUGUUUCUUUUCUUUGAUUUCCUCGUCGGCGUCUUCAGCCGCCUUCGUUUCGUACGGUACACCACAUGUCGAUUUAUUUUUUUUAUUAUAAGAAUGUGUUAAAAUAUAACGGUGCAAGAGAAUGUUUAUUUUGUGAGCUAUUCUUUUCUUUUCUUCAAGGAUUCUUAAAUGUUGUUAUGAAGUAGAUAUUAAAAAAUAAAGACAUUAACGUGA